GGAGGAGCGAUCUUGGUCGGCACUGACGUUGUUUUCGCGCACAACCAGCUGCGUCCGCGCAGACCACUACAUCACAUUAUCAGUAACGGUGUUACGACCGGCCUCGGGACUCGAGCGCCAGGAGAAAGUAUCCGAGUCUCAGACGCACAACUCACCUCGACUCAACAGCACGCGUUCAAUUUCGAGUUUAGCAAGCGCGAAUUACCCGAAGUUAGAUAAACGCGAGUAAAUAAACAAUAGGUCGUGCGCGGAUCUGUCGGUUACAGCCGGUGCGCAAGCGUCGCGUCAUAUCACGCCUGACGAGUGCACGUUGGGCGGCUGAUAGUGCCGCGAGCGCAGCUCAGUCUCGACCAUGCUGACGACGGGUGUCGUCGUAGCGCUGGCGCUGCUGGCCGCCGCCGGCGCCGACGUCGGCGACAACAAGCUGGACCUGAACGGCACGCGGCAAGACCCUCCCGCCGAAGUUGCCGAGAAAUACUUCAUAAACAAGAUCUUCGACAAGUACGGAGACAAGGGUUUAAUUACAUUCGAGGGUUUCGAGCACCUGCUGGACAGCUUAGGUCUGGGCGGCCGCGUAUUCUCCUCGCCGCACGCACUGGCCGACCACCGCGUCAACGGCACCUUCACGCUGAUGCACGACACGCAGCAUCGCCACCGGCGCUCCCUUUCCACGGAACCAAUACUAAAAAAGUCAUGCCUGUCGCCGAAGGACAUAUUAGAAGUGUACGGCAUAGAGAGCGAGCCCGGUGUGAUCACCAUCAGUCCUCAGACGUUCAUGGACAUGUGCCCGGCGCUGGUGUACCAGCUGGACCAGCGCUCCUGUUACAAGACAGACGCGCCACCCACCAAAUUGGAAAAACAAUGGACUUGGAUAUACGCAUCACUGAGCAUACUCGUGAUCAGCGCUACCGGUUUACUUGGAGUAGCUGUGGUACCGCUGCUGAAGUCAGCUAUCUUCAGCCAAGUUCUGCACUUCCUCGUGGCCGUAGCAGUAGGGACGCUAUGUGGAGACGCCCUGCUACAUCUUCUGCCACAUGCUCUUAAAUCACAUGGCCCUUCAUCUGAACCGCAGGAAGAAACUGAAGUUAUUCUCAAAUGCAGUGUCACAUUUAUCACUAUUUUACUUUUCUACGCCGUCGAAGCGAUUAUGCAGACAUUACAAGGAGGACACGCUCAUUCUCAUGAUGUUGUUCAUGCACCAACUGUGGAAGAAAUUAAAACAGAGAGUGCUAAACAAAUAGAGCCUGUACCUAUAGAAUUAGGUGCCAUGAUGCCGGGGUCACCGACGCCGCCCGCCGAGCGCCCGAUGACGUCGACGGCGUUAAUGGUGAUCGUGGGCGACGGCCUGCACAACCUGACCGACGGGCUGGCCAUAGGCGCCGCCUUCGCGGGAGACCCGGUAACCGGCUUCGCCACUGCCCUUGCGGUAUUCUGCCACGAGCUUCCGCAUGAGCUAGGCGACUUCGCUGUGCUGCUGCGUUCCGGUAUGAGCAUCAGGCGUGCGCUGUACUACAAUCUGCUUUCGUCUGUGCUCAGUUUUAUGGGCAUGGCAGGCGGAAUUUGGCUGGCAGAAGACCAUGAAUCUGCAUCUCAGUGGAUAUACGCCGCGACAGCGGGUACUUUCUUUUACAUAGCGUUGGCGGAUUUAGUACCCGAGAUAAACGAGAACAAUCUCGGAAAAAGUAUGAAUUUAUUGUUAGCUGUACUCGGAAUUCUCACGGGAGGAAUAAUUAUGUUGCUCAUUGCUCUUCACGAAGACUCUAUACAAUAUUUGUUUAGAAAUUCGGAACAAUGAGACUCCUAAGUUGUAGAGUAAAUAAUUAUAAUGUGAUAAUUGUACUCACGGUUGUUCAAAUUGUUAAUAGAUAGUAGGACGAGUAAUGUCAUUAGCUGAAUAAAUAGGAGUGUAAGUAAAGGCCCUGAAUCCGUCUUGUAUUAGUAAAAAAUAGGCCAUUACAUUUAUAGGUAUUUUAAAUAUCUAUUCUUAUAACGAUUAUUAUACGUAAAUACCUUUUGUAAGUGUACCUAACUGUAGGUAGUAAGCGUAAAAUUAGAUAUUUAAUAAAAUGAAGGCU